UAGUUUUGCAAUGGAAGCGGCUCAUGAGGAUGGCCCUCACCUGCAUUGUGAAGAUCCACGUAAGAAAUAUGAACACAACAAGAAACUGAUAGGGGCAAGUACGGAUACUGAAAAGCUGUAUCAAGCAGUGCCGCAGCUUGGCAAUAUGUUCAAAAUUAAGGGAAAAAUUGGUGAAGGUACAUUUAGCUCUGUUUAUUUGGCCAUAGCCCAAUUACGAGGAGGUCGUGAAGAAAAAGUAGCUUUGAAACACCUGGUGCCUACCAGUCAUCCUUUUCGAAUUGCUGCUGAACUUCAGUGUCUUAUAAUUGCUGGGGGGCAGGAUAACGUCAUGGGAGUUAAAUAUUGCAUUAGAAAAAAUGACCAUGUGGUUAUUGUUAUGCCUUAUCUGGAACAUGAAUCCUUUUUGGACAUCUUGAACUCUCUUUCUUUUGAAGAAGUAAGAGAUUAUAUGUUCAACCUCAUUAAAGCAUUGAGGCGCAUUCAUCAUUUUGGUAUUGUUCACCGGGAUAUCAAACCCAGUAACUUCUUAUAUAACAGACAGCUGAAAGAGUAUGCCCUUGUUGACUUUGGUCUGGCACAAGGAACUCCUGACACAAAAAUAGAUCUUCUCAAAGGUGCCCAGUCGGAAGCCCAGCAGGGAAGUUUUGCAUACAAGCCUCACCUAACUUUGGGAAGUCAGGUUUCUGUCAUUUCCACAGCAUCUAGACAGCUAGCUCAUCAGUCAGCCUCCAAAACUGCCCCUAAAAGGCCCUGUUCCUUUCCACAAGCACAGAUUAAACAAGGACACAAAAGAAAGGAGGGGUCCGAGUGCCAUUCUAUUCAGCGAUCUGUCUUUGGUGAGAGAAAUUUCAAUGUCCGAAGUUCCACAUUUCAAGACAGCUCAACAGUUAAGCUCAUAAAGCAUCCCAGGGUGACUGAUAUUGCAUCUAAAAAACUGUCGGCAAAGAAGAAGAUAACUUCUGCUGUGAAUAAUGGCUUAGCCAAGAAAGCUGCCAGCACUUGUCCAGCUAACUUGACUUGCAACUGUUAUGCGAAAGACAGAGUCUGCAGUAUUUGUCUCUCAAGGCGUCAGCAGGUUGCCCCAAGGGCAGGCACACCUGGAUUCAGAGCACCAGAGGUAUUAACCAAGUGCCCUACUCAAACUACAGCAAUUGACAUGUGGGCUGCAGGAAUUGUAUUCCUUUCUCUGUUGAGUGGCCGGUAUCCAUUUUAUAAAGCAAGUGAUGAUUUAACAGCUUUGGCACAGAUCAUGACUAUUCGAGGUUCCAAGGAAACUAUUCAGGCUGCUAAAACAUUUGGUAAAUCAAUAUUGUGCAGCAAAGAAAUCCCAGCACAGGAUUUAAGAAAGUUGUGUGAAAGGCUGAGAGGAAAAAGUAUUAGCUCUGAUGUUUCAACAGGUGAUGUACAGAUCAACCCUUCUCAGGAACAUGUGUUACCACCUGAAAUAAGCAAUAAUUCAGAGUUUGUGUCUCAGACACCCCAAAAAUACAUCCAGUAUCAGAAGAAAAAUUGUCAUGACGGUGAUGGCAUGAAUGUUAGGACUUCAGAAACAGCAGCUGAUCUGAAAGGAUGGGACAAGGUCCCUGAUGAGGCCUAUAAUCUUCUUGAUAAGCUGCUAGACCUAAAUCCUGCAACAAGAAUGACUGCAAAGGAUGCCUUGCUCCAUCCUCUUUUCAAAAAUAUGAAGCCAUGACAAGA